AUGGGGUUCAACAGCCAAAACGUAUUAGCCAUAUGCUCUGUAGCAUUGAUCUUAAUCAAUUGUGUCCCUCUGGCAAGCAGCGUCGCAGACGAUAGUGGGUUCCUUAAAGCACAUAACGAUAUCCGCGCAGAGCAUGGUCUCCCGCCACUACAUUGGAAUGAAACAAUAGCAGAGUUCGCCCAAAACUAUGCCAACGAGAGAGCUGCGGACUGUGCAAUGGAGCAUUCGAUGGGUCCUUAUGCCGAGAACAUUGCCAGCGGUUUGGAUAUGACCGGUGAAGCAGCUACAAAGUACUGGUGCACCGAGAAAGACGAGUACGACUACAACUCGAACAAAUGUACUGGUCCGGAAGAAGAUGGUUGCCGCCACUAUACUCAGGUGGUUACAAGGGACACAACCCAACUCGGUUGUGCGAGGGCCAAGUGCAAAAAUGGCGAUAUGUUUGUUACCUGUAACUAUGAUCCAUCUAGCGACUGGGACAAACAACCAUACUGAUCAUAUU